GUAAAAUGAAUGGUACAGCGUGGAAUCAAAUAUGUCUUCAAUUAUAAUAUUUACAACUUGCUCUUCUCCUCCGACGAAGAUUAGCUUGAAUCACAGUUUCUUCUUGAGUUGUUGUUGGUGUGGUCUUCUCUUCUCGUCGCCUGCUUGCUUGUUCGUUGUUUGAUGGAACUUGACGAUUUGGAUCUCAGCGGCACUUGGCCGUUAGAUCAGAUAACUUUCUCUUCUAAUUUCAAGUCUCCGGUCAUUUUCUCAUCUUCCGAACAGCCUUUCUCUCCUCUCUGGUCCUUCUCCGAAUCUGCCGGUGAUGUCGGCGCCGGCGAUCUUUACGUAGCUCCCUCCUCUCGCUUCACCGAUUAUUCCCUUUUACGUAAAUCUGAUGAUACCACCACCGCCACGACCAAGGAGGUUAUUAUUGAUGAUAACCAUGCUCCUUCCCCCUUUUCUGGUUUAAUGCCCUCCUCGGAGAAUCAAGAUAAUCCAGAUUCUUACUGUGCUGUCAAAGCCAAGAUGACUCAAGCGCUUCGAUACUUCAAGGAAUCUACUGGACAACAACACCUUCUCGCUCAGGUUUGGGCGCCUGUUAAAAACCGUGGACGAUAUGUUCUUACUACUUCAGGACAGCCCUUUGUUCUUGCUCCCAAUAGUAACGGCCUUCAUCAAUACAGGAUGGUUUCCUUGACCUAUAUGUUUUCCCUUGAUGGUGAACGCGACGGUGACCUCGGCCUUCCCGGUCGCGUUUUCAGGAAGAAGUUGCCUGAGUGGACUCCCAAUGUCCAGUAUUACUCCAGCAAAGAGUUCUCCCGCCUUGGCCACGCCUUGCACUAUAAUGUUCAGGGGACCUUGGCUUUGCCUGUUUUUGAACCAUCCAGGCAGCUCUGUGUUGGUGUUGUCGAGCUUAUUAUGACUUCUCCCAAGAUUAAUUAUGCUCCUGAGGUUGAAAAAGUUUGUAAGACANUGCAGGCUGUGAAUCUGAAAACUUCGGAAAUAUUGAACCACGAGACCACUCAGAUCUGCAACGAGGGUCGCCAAAAUGCAUUGGCUGAGAUUUUGGAGAUACUGACUGUGGUGUGCGAGACCUACAAACUUCCUUUAGCUCAGACAUGGGUCCCUUGCAGGCAUCGCAGUGUUCUAGCUUUUGGAGGUGGUUUUAAGAAAAGCUGUUCAAGCUUUGAUGGGAGCUGUAUGGGGAAAGUCUGUAUGUCUACCAGUGAUUUAGCGGUUUAUGUUGUGGACGCUCAUGUUUGGGGUUUCAGAGACGCUUGUGCUGAACACCAUCUGCAGAAGGGACAAGGUGUUGCUGGGAGGGCGUUUCUCUCUGGAAAUCUAUGCUUCUCUAGGGAUCUUACUCGGUUCUGCAAAACCGACUACCCAUUAGUACAUUAUGCACGCAUGUUCAAGUUGACGAGCUGUUUCGCGGUCUGCUUAAAGAGCACGUAUACGGGGGACGAUGAGUAUGUUCUUGAAUUCUUUCUUCCUCCAGCAAUCACAGACAAGAGUGAGCAAGAUUUUCUGUUGGGUUCUCUGUUUCAGACAAUGAAGCAGCACUAUUCGAGUCUCAAGGUUGUCUCUGAAACUGAACUCUGUGAAAACGAAAUAUUUCUUCAAGUCGUGGAAGCUUCAGAAGACGGAAUGGUUUACUCGAAAUUUGAACCUAUCAGAAUACAUCAUCCAGCACCAAUCUCUAAGGACUAUCUUGAGCUCAACUCCCCCGAACAGAAGCUGAGCUUAAACUCUGAUCUUAUGGCUGNCGAGACCUACAAACUUCCUUUAGCUCAGACAUGGGUCCCUUGCAGGCAUCGCAGUGUUCUAACUUUUGGAGGUGGCUUUAAGAAAAGCUGUUCAAGCUUUGAUGGGAGCUGUAUGGGGAAAUUCUGUAUGUCUACCAGUGAUUUAGCGGUUUAUGUUGUGGACGCUCAUGUUUGGGGUUUCAGAGACGCUUGUGCGGAACACCAUCUGCAGAAGGGACAAGGUGUUGCUGGGAGGGCGUUUCUCUCUGGAAAUCUAUGCUUCUCUAGGGAUGUUACUCGGUUCUGCAAAACCGACUACCCAUUAGUACAUUAUGCACGCAUGUUCAAGUUGACGAGCUGUUUCGCGGUCUGCUUAAAGAGCACCUUUACCGGGGACGAUGAGUAUGUUCUUGAAUUCUUUCUUCCUCCAGCCAUCACAGACAAGAGAGAGCAAGAUUUUCUGUUGGGCUCUCUGUUUCAGACAAUGAAGCAGCACUAUUCGAGUCUCAAGGUUGUCUCUGAAACUGAACUCUGUGAAAACGAAAUAUCUCUUGAAGUCGUGGAAGCUUCAGAAGACGGAAUGGUUUACUCGAAACUUGAGCCUAUCAGGAUACAUCAUCCAGCACCGAUCUCUAAAGAUUAUCUUGAGCUCAACGCUCCCGAACAGAAGCUGAGCUUAAACUCUGACCUUAUGGCUAAUGGGUUUGAGAGGUUCCAAACGCUUGAACCUUUACCGGAGGCCAAAACAGUGAAAAAAUCAGAAAGGAAGCGUGGUAAAACCGAGAAAACAAUCAGUAUAGAAGUGCUUCAACAAUAUUUUGCUGGUAGUCUAAAAGACGCAGCAAAGAGCCUCGGUGUUUGCCCAACAACAAUGAAACGCAUUUGUCGACAACACGGAAUCUCACGGUGGCCAUCUCGCAAAAUCAACAAGGUGAACCGAUCUCUAACACGACUUAAACAUGUUAUAGACUCGGUUCAAGGUGCUGAUGGAUCACUCAAUUUGACCUCCCUCUCCCCUCGCCCUUGGUCUCACCAAAUAUCUCCAACCGAAAACCAACCACCAAAGAACUUCCCUCCAGCUUCUACAUCUCCUCCAAGUUAUCUCCAAGAUGUCAAGAUUGAAAACAGAGAUGCAGAAGACAGUGCAGGUUCAUCAACAUCGCGUGCUUCUUGCAAAGUGGGUCCUAUAUGCGAUACGCGUUUUGGGCUUCCAAGCCUUCCAACACACAACCAAGAACCAGUCAGGCAGACGGCCUUGGACGAUUCGGACAGUAGCUCUAAAAACAUAGCUAAUUUUUGGACACACUUAAGCUGCCAAGAUACAGCUUCUCCAACAACACUCCACAAUAAGCUCGUGAGUAUAAAGGCAACGUACAGAGAAGACAUCAUCAGGUUCAAGAUCUCACCGGAGUCGGUAAGCAUUAUGGGACUGAAGCAGCAAGUGGCUAAGAGGCUGAAGCUCGAAAUGGCUGCGUUUGAGCUCAAGUAUCUAGAUGACGACAGCGAAUGGGUCUCGGUCUCGUGUGAUGCUGACCUCAGUGAGUGCCUUGACACGUCUGCAGCGAAAGCAAACACACUGAGGCUCUCAGUGCAUGACGUGACUCUAAACUUUGGGAGCUCAUGCGAAAGCUCAGAGGAAAACAUGAUGUGCUUAUGACAAUGCUUCACUUGUAUACAACUUUCUUGUAUGGAUCUGAGAGUUUUGUUUUCUGGGAAGAGGAGUUUUAGACAGUAUUCAUUUUUGUGAGAUGUAUAAAAAUGCAUACUUCUCCACAUAUCAAUAGAUGUUGAUUGGAACAAUAAAAAUAAAAACUAUUACUUGCCUA